AGCCUCUGAAAGUCUUCAGUUUGACUCGGGUCCAGGAGAGACCAUGUCUGCCGUCACAGGCGAGCUGUAUUCCCCUUUAAUCUCGUUUGCAACUCUUUCUCCAUGCUAGAGCAGUAACGCGGGGCCUGGAGGAUGGCCGGCUCGGGCGCCGUUCAGGUGAAACUGGAACUCGGACAUCGCGCCCAGUUCAGAAAGAAACCCACGGCGGAGGGCUUCACCCACGACUGGAUGGUGUUCGUCCGUGGACCGGAGAAUAGCAACAUUCAGCACUUCGUGGAGAAAGUGGUGUUUCACCUGCACGAGAGCUUCCCGAAGCCGAAACGAGUAUGCAAGGAUCCUCCAUACAAAGUGGAGGAGUCUGGAUAUGCUGGAUUCAUCUUGCCCAUCGAAGUCUACUUCAAAAAUAAGGAAGAACCGAAGAAAGUGCGCUUUGAUUACGACCUGUUCCUCCACCUUGAGGGCCACCCGCCUGUCAAUCAUCUCCGCUGUGAGAAGCUCACGUUCAACAACCCAACAGAGGAGUUUCGAAGGAAGCUGCUGAAGGCUGGUGGGACACGGGAUCCUCACAAACGAGGUUCAGAGGAAUCAAAAGUGAUGGUGAUGCAGGAAGGAUCAACCUCCCUGUUCAGCCAGCACCUCAAGCUGCCAACGCUUCCCAACAACUCACUGACAUCCUCCUCCGAUCCAAAGAAGAGCAAGAGCUUCCACACGUCAAAGGAUUGCUUCAAAGGUGGUCGAACUGACCUCCUCACCACAGCCACAACCACCAGCACUAACACCAGCAGCUUCUCCAAACUCCACAAACCCUCCAAGGACCACAAAGAUAAGCCUUUAAAAGACUUGAAAGAGCCCAAAAGUGCCUUCAGAGACUCUGGCUGGGAAUCCUCAAAAGUCUCCAAAGAAUCUUCAAGGAAACCCAAAGAGAAUCAGCCACUCAGAGAUAGCAAUCCUAAGAUGGGUUUUAAGGAACCCAAGUCUUUGUCCAAGGAUCAUCGAAGCGAGGGUUUGACCCAUGGAUCAGGGUUAAACAAGCGUCUCUCCGCAUUGGACAGUGAGGAUCUUAUGACCAAAAAACGCAGAAAGGGAUAUCUCGACUCGUCGGGAAAGCAGACGUCAGGUUCGGACUCUCAUUAUUCUGACAAGAAAAGAUUGCAGAUGGAGACAAGCAAACUACGGCCAGAUCAGGAUGAAGCUGAGCGCAGGAAAGCGUCUAGGCUUCCACCCUUCCAGGAGCUGGUGGACCCCAACGACUCUGACAUGGAAGAUCAGUCCAAAUCAGACUCUGAACAGCCCAGCCCUGCCAGUUCCAGCUCCAGUUCAGGCUUUGCUCCCACACACCACAAACGUCAAGUGCUUGGACCGCUGCAGUCAGUGGUGCAGGAUCUGCAGUCAGACGACAACGAUGAGGAUUCAGAGGACAUUGAUGACAACGACAUGGACUCUGAUGCAGAUCGACCAACGCAAACACGUCUCACACACCACCAACGCAGGGUUAGUUUAAGUGAUGGCAGUGAGAGUGAUGGCUCCUCUCCCUCACCCCCCUCCCGCAAAGAGGCUCCAACUUUAAUGAAGACCACCAAUAACCAGGUUCUAGAGGUGAAGAGCCCCGUCAAACAGAACAAGCAAGACAAGAACGAAAACCUAGACUGCGACAAGGCAUACCUGGAUGAGCUGGUAGAGCUGCACAAAAGACUGAUGACACUAAGAGAAGGUCAUAUACUGCAGCAGAUCGUAAACCUCAUCGAGGAGACGGGGCACUUCCACAUCACAAACACUACUUUUGACUUUGACCUCUGCUCCUUGGACAGGAGCACAGUUCGGAAGCUGCAGAGUUACCUGGAAACCUCAGGCCUGUCCUGAGGCUCUGAGCGGCUAUGCUGCUGAAUCUUCGAUCCUGCUUUGACUUUUCCUUCAAGGUUCAUGGUUGCCGUGUGUCCAGCCUGCUGGUGCACUGAGUGACAAGGUCCUCCUGCUGCAGAAAGCAGCGUGAGGCGCUGUGGGGACCGAGUCCCGUCCAUCAGGAGAUCACCUGGAAGGCCUUGAAACUUCAGUUGAGGAGUGGUGGCUGCGUUGCUCUUAAUGAAUGUGCAUAUUGAGGCCAUGUAUGUUUCUUUAUUGCCUUACAAUAUUAUGUCUUAUUUAUUGAAUUUAAUUUGGAGGUGUGUGCGUGUGUUUAACAUGGUUAAGACAGAAUGAGACCGCGGAAGCACUUCACUAAGGGCAGAUCUUACAAUCGGGGGGAUAUUUGAAAAUCACAGACUGAAUCUGAAUCACAGACUGAAUCUGAAUCAAAUCAAACUGAAUGAAAACAGCCCACGUUUUUUUUUAACUGGAAAUGAAAAAAACCUUUCCCUGAUCCAAUAUGUUUUAUCCAUCAGAUAUCAUUUUAGAAUGCAGAGGUAAGACAGUUAGGGCAAUGAAACCUGAAUGACAAAUAUGACAAACAUGUUGUCACACAGGUGUGGUUUGUAAAGAAGAUGCAUUUGUGGUUUGAGCAGCAGAGAGGACUGAAAAACGUUCCAAAUUCUCACUGCCACUGCCAAACGUUCGGCGGAGGCAGUGUGAUGAUGGGGGACAGCGGCUCCUCUACUGGAAAACAAGGCUGUCAUCGUUAGAGGCCGUCACCACGCAGAGACUUCAACAUGAAGUUCUGCAGCCAGUGACAAUCACACCUCUCCACUCUUAGGGACCAAACUCUAUCCUCCCGGAGGUGGAUGUUCACCCCCACAGAGCAGGGCUCAUCAGGAUCUACGCCCACAGGAUGGAACGUCCCGCCUGCAUUCCUGACCCCAGCCCCGCUGAACAGCUGUGGGAUCAGCUCGGCCGUGAGGUUCCCACCGGAGUCACCGACGCAGCCAUGUUGGCAGACGCUGGUUAAGCAACGGGAUGCCGUCCCACAGCAGUGUGUGACCAAGCUGCCCAUUAGCAUAAGGAGGAGGUGCCAAGCUGCUGAGCUUGUCUGGUUCUCCCAUACGCCACGGAGGCCCCUGUUUGUUACAGGGAGAAAUGGUUCUGCUGCCAACCGCACCAAGCCACAGCCAAUAGCAGAACAAGCUGUUUGGCUGACAGGAUUUGGCAAGUGUUUCAUAGCUGCGACCCACAAAUUCAUGUUCCUGACAAACGUGGCACCAUUUAAAGGGAAUUAAGCUUCUCAUAUCAAUGGGACUUAUUGUCGAGCAGCAUUGUUACAACAAACAAAACAACCAAACACAACUGUUGGUACUUUCUAUGUUAAGUAUAGUUGCGACAGAUGCUACCCUUCUUGAAAAUCACAAUGUCCAAUCCUGAGUCGUUGUUUUUCCCACAAAGUUUCUCUGCCAUCCUAGGAAGUGGGCUCCCAGCACAGAUCUGCAGCUGGUAGGAAGAAAAGGAGGAGAAACUGCCGUUACGCUGUCCAAUGUUAGGACAGAAGUUCUGGAUCACCGCGUUUCUCUGCAAAUGUCAUGAGGGUGGGGGAUUUGGGGG